AUGGAUGCCACAGAUGUCCUUUUAAAAAUAGCCCCAGUGUGCAUUUCAGGACCGGCGGGAGUGGCUCGCACUUUCGCCUUACUCGACGACGGAUCGACGGUGAGCCUCAUCGACGACGAACUCGCUCGAGAUAUCGGCGCGGAAGGACCGGACGAACCACUCCACAUAGCAACGUACGACGGGGAGAGGAAGACACGCAACAAUUCUCGGCGCGUCAAGUUUAACAUUGAAGGAAGCCGGGGACGACUUCGCAUCGAAGCACGCACCGUCGACAAUCUCCAGUUGGCGGCGCAGCGCAUCCCGGACGAGGCGAUACGGGAUUGCGGACACCUGAAGGGCCUACUGUCCGCUAAACGAGCGGAAGAGGCGAAACCCCGAAUCCUCAUAGGCCAGGAUAACUGGCAUCUCCUCCUCGCCACGAAAACACGGCUGCACAACAUAGAAAACAAGUUGGACAAGAAUCCCGACCUUAAAGAAAGGUAUGAAGAGCACAUGGAGGCCCUAGUCAAGAAGGGCUACGCGGAAAUAGCGCCACGCGCGUCCCACACUACAAGGACGUGGUACUUGCCGCAUUUCGCAGUCGUAAACGCUCUAAAGCCCGACAAAUUGCGAGUUGUACACGACGCAGCAGCCAAAACAAAAGCGGACAUCACGGAGAUGUUCAUGCAGGUGGGACUACGCGAGGAAGAUCGCGACGCACUGCGCUACCUCUGGCGGGGAAACCGCCGAGAUAGCCGGCCGCCAGAGGUGUACCGAAUGAAGGUAUUAAUCUUUGGCGCAUCGUGCUCUCCUGCGACGGCGAUAUACGUCAUGAAUCGCAACGCGGAGAGACACCGACACACGCAUCCUGAGGCUGUCGAGGCGAUCAAGAAGAAACACUACAUGGACGACUACCUCGACAGCUAUGAAGAUGAACACAGGGCGAUAACAAUCGCUACUCAGGUGCGUAACAUACACAGAGAAGCUCACUUUGAAUUAAGGAAGUGGACGAGUAACUCGCCCGCGGUGUUGAAGGCGCUCGGCGAAUCGCCCAAUGCAACCGAAGCGGUGGAAAUAGAAAGGACUGAACGAGUCCUAGGCCUUAUUUGGAGGCCACAAGAAGACAGGUUGGCGUUCAACCUAGACUUGGCCCGCAUACCGUCGAACCUACUGAGGCGAGAAGCACCCACGAAGAGAGAAGCAUUGAAAAUAGUAAUGUCGUUGUUUGAUCCUCUAGGGUUGGUGUCGCCGAUAACUGUGCGGGCUAAACAGCUAUUACAGGAGGUGUGGCGACGCGGCACCGAUUGGGACGACCCGAUCGACGACGAACUGUCCGCCGCCUGGGUGAACUGGCUCACCCAUUUGAAGCAACUCAGCGGCGUAACAGUGCCGCGCUGCUAUCCCGGCUACUCCCGAGCGAGAAAACUCCAACUCCACGUGUUCACCGACGCCAGCGAGUCAGCCUACGCGACCGCGCUCUACUGGCGCGCCGAGGACGACGACGGACGAGUCACAGUCACGUUACUGGCGGCCAAGGCAAAGGUAGCUCCACUCAAAUUAACCUCCAUACCACGGCUUGAACUACAGGCAGCUGUACUCGGCGCACGGAUGGCUGCGAGUGUGACACAGGAGCACUCCAGGCAGCCAGAAUCCACGACCUACUGGACCGACAGCAAGACAACACUGUGCUGGAUCAGAACGGGAGCCAGGUCGUACAAGCCCUACGUAGCGCAUCGAAUCGCCGCGAUAGAAGAACACACACAGGCGAAUCAAUGGAGAUGGGUGCCUACACGCUACAACGUUGCCGACGACGCUACGCGCGACGUUCCCGACAACUUCACGCGGGAACACAGGUGGUUCAACGGACCAGAGUUCCUCCGCGACCCGCCCGAACUAUGGCCUGCGGAGGAAACACAGCUGAGCACCGACACGGGUGAGGAAAGAGUGAACACUAUUACAGAGCGUCGGGAGAAACAGUACAAGGAAGUCCUGCCCGACGUGAAUCGAUUCUCAAAUUGGAAUCGCUACGUUAGAGCUGCCGCCCGCGUACUACAAGCAGUACAACACUUCAAACGACGCGUCAACACGGUCCAUUACAAGAGGACCAAGGCGGCCGCAAGCGAGAAUCCGGAUUGGAGGCGCAACGAAGCCGCGAAAAAUGCGGCGAAACGAGUCGUACAAGCACCGGAGGAGCGAUUCGUGACGCUCCCAGCCGAGUUGCAAGAAGAGGCCGAGCGCAUAAUCAUAAAGGCGAGUCAGGAGGCCGCCUUCGAGGAAGAACUACGCUCACUCGAAAAGGAAAACCCGUGUCAAAAGAAAGCAGGUUGCGUGGAGAGCGUCGUCAAUUACUGUCGGCAGCACAAAUGGGUCAUUCGACUGCGCCCGACGGUCAAGGCGGUGGUCAGGAGCUGCUUCAAGUGCCGCCAGAGGGCGGCCACUCCACCGCAACCGAUAACGGGAGACUUGCCUCCCUGUCGACUGGCGCAUCAUCACCGGCCGUUUACAUACACCGGUUUGGACUAUUUCGGCCCGCUCACAGUCACCGUGGGCCGGAGUAGUCAAAAAAGGUAUGUCGCUCUCUUCACAUGCCUAACAGUGCGGGCGGUGCAUCUCGAAGUGGUGCACUCCCUGAAAAAGGAGCUGCGCAACACCCUCCUCGCUGGCGCCGAACAAGAGGCGUCGCGGAGGGCGAUUAGAUGGCGUUUCAUCCCUCCGGGCGCACCAUUCAUGGGUGGCGCCUGGGAACGGCUCGUGCGGUCGGUCAAGACCGCGCUGACGACGGUGCUUCACGAGCAGAGGCCACAUGAAGAGACGCUGUCGACGCUACUCGCCGAGGUGGAGUUCACAGUCAACAGCCGCCCACUGACUCAUGUGUCGCCGAACACGGCUACGGCACAUGCCGACCUUCGAGCGUCGCAGCAGCUGGCCGACGCUUUCUGGACCCGCUGGUUACGAGAGUACCUUCCCGAGCUCCGCAACCGGCGGGAGCCCCGCAGCAAGGGACCAGAGCUACACAUCGGCGACGUCGUGCGCAUCGUGGACGGGACGCUCCCACGAAACACUUGGGUGCGUGGCCGCAUCUGUGCUACGCAUCCGGGACCUGACGGCGUGACGCGCACAGUGGACGUAGCCACGCGGGGAGGCGUGCUACGACGCCCCGUGAAGAAAAUCGUCCUCCUGCACCCUGCGGCACCCGAGCGACGAGGCAGCGGCAACGAAGAGGCGGCGCCGCAAUCGGCGGCGAGCACGUCCUGCACGUCUACAUAA